UAAUAAUAAAAUUAAAGAAACGAAAUAACAUCACAUAUAACAUCCCUCAAGCUAGUCGUCCUGAGCAGAAAAUUUGUUUUUUAUCGAGUCUCUGAAAAAUCGGGCAGUUCUGACAGUUCUAGGCACGGAGAAAAACAGUUUGUUUAUACGGUCAUCUUUACCAUUUUGAAAACAUUGCAGGCGUACAACUUGUUUCGUGUUUUGAAAUAAGUGAAAUUGUUUGUAAUUUGAUACAAAUAGUAAAGUUUUCAACGCAUCGAUAAAGACGAGGAAGACUUCGUGUAAUUUUGAAGAACAAAAGUUUGGCAAAAUCCCGUGAUGAAUCUUCCAUGUGACGAUCCCCUGCAGUAUUGCCGGUUUUGUUUCACGCAAUUCCGCGUGGAACCACUGCUUUCCAGAGGUCAAAAGGAUCAGCAACUGGUUAAACAAAUCAGUUCCCUCGUCCAGAUCGAGCUUGACUCUAACCAGGCAACGACCGCAGCAAUUUGCUCCAUGUGCCGCCAUCAGUUGACGGAGUUCCAGCUAUUCCGCGAUCGGUGCAAACAUCACGAUUCCAUCGUAAGGGAUAAAGUUGAGGGCGAUCAAUCUAGCCAAAAUGAUAUGUGGUUCGCUGUGGAACCUCUUGGCGAUGGCGACGAUUCCGACGAAGACGAUACUCCGAUAUCAAAUGACGAUUCUUUUCGAAGCGUCCCGGUUUCAGAAAAGCAAACAAAGGUAAACUUUUGGCGAGCCAUCUCUCGAGAUGUUGGCGUGAUUCCGGAGCACAUUCAACGUGACCUCGAACUGACCGGGUUCUACCGAAAUGCGUCCCUCGGAAUGAUUUCACCAACGACGAUCAAGCAGAUUGAGCAAGACAUGCGCGAGGCGGUUGAGUUUGUGAUCUCACAAGGAGCAAACCGCACGGAGGUACUUCGACAGUAUUACGGCACAGUUUAUUGCAAAAAUCCGUCCAAAUUCAAAUUCUUAGCUGGUGAAGUUCAGACCAUCCUUUCGAUAACGGCCGCAGUUCAGGAAAAUGGCAUUACCGAGUAUCUCAACAAAGCGAGCCUUUCACAGAAGGUUUCAAGCCGCAAAGAACAGUUAAAUGCAUCGGGAAAACCGGAUAAUGCUGACAUACUCGCGGAGACACUGGUCGAGAAGAUUCAGGACUACUACAAGCAAUACACUACCGACAGCAGAGAGUUCAAAGCGUUUAUUGCCCGAUUGCCGCGCCAAAAGGAGAUUGACGUGCGUCAAAAGGAGGACGGCUCUAUUUUUGCAUUCAUACACUGUUCCUAUUGCAAGAAGCACCUACAAGCUUUCGUAGACAGUCGGUGGAACGUGUGGAGGGUUUACAACUUUGUGAAGCACACCCAGAAGCAUUACCGGGUGGAGAACAUCAGGACGGCCAAGAGGAAGCGAGCGCAGGGUGGUGGAGAGACUGUGAUUGAUGAAAGCGACGACAUUCAUUCAUAAAGGGUUUGUUUGCAAUUAGAUUUACUUGUUUUGCAAAAUAAAAUAAAAGUUUAUGUGAAUCUUAAUA